UGAAGUUAGAGAGUAUAUAAACCCCACCAGCUCUGCCCCAGGUGUGUGUGUAGAUUCAUAAGGUGCAACCAUGAAGUACUUCAUUCUCUUGGCCCUUGUUGCUGCAGCUUAUGCUGCUCCCAUUGAGGACGAUAAGAUCGUUGGAGGCUACGAGUGCAGGAGGAACUCGGUGCCCUACAUCGUGUCUCUGAACGUUGGCUACCACUUCUGCGGAGGCUCCCUGGUCUCCAGCACCUGGGUGGUGUCCGCCGCUCACUGCUACCAGUCUCGCAUCAAUGUCCGUCUUGGUGAGCACAACAUCGCCGUCAACGAGGGAACAGAGCAGUUCAUUGACUCUGCCAAGGUCAUCCGUCACCCCAGCUACAACAGCUACAACCUGGACAACGACAUCAUGCUGAUCAAGCUCAGCAGGCCCGCCAGCCUGAACAGCUACGUGGGAACCGUGACCGUGCCCUCAAGCUGCGCCGGCUCCGGCACCAGGUGUCUGAUCUCUGGAUGGGGAAACACCCUCAGCUCUGGAACCAACUACCCUGACACCCUGAGGUGCCUGGAUGCCCCCAUCCUGAGCGACACCAGCUGCAGGAACUCCUACCCCGGACAGAUCACCUCCAACAUGUUCUGCGCCGGAUUCCUGGAGGGAGGCAAAGACUCCUGCCAGGGCGACUCUGGUGGCCCCGUGGUGUGCAACGGUCAGCUGCAGGGUGUGGUGUCCUGGGGUUACGGCUGCGCCCAGAGGAACAAGCCUGGAGUCUACACCAAGGUCUGCAACUACAACGCCUGGAUCCGCAACACCAUGUCCUCCAACUAGAUGGACAACGGAGUCACCGAGAUCUGUCAUGGAGCUGAAGAAUCUGUCAUGAAAACAAAUAAAUGAUCAAGAUGAU